GGAUGUAUCAGCUCUGGUGCUACUUUUGCCAGUUUGAUUGAAAGCGCCUUAGUGAACACCUUGUAGUCAGUGUUGAGGAGUGAGAUCGGCCGCUUUCGGCAAAGUUUGUUCCUCGUACCAUGCCAUGGUUUUCAAUGUCGUUGUACACUUUCCUUAGGACUUCCAGCACGUCAAAUAGUUCGUAUGGGAUCCCGUCCAGGCCGGGGGCUUUGAAGUUCGCCGAGCUUUUCAAUGCCUCUUCCACAUCAUCGUGUGUCAACUGCGCCCGGAGUUUGGUGUUCUGCUCCUCCGUUGCUUGGGUCUGGGUCCUUCCUAGCACGCGGGUUGUUACCUGCUCGCGUUCAUCGGGGUCGAUUUGCCAUUUCUUUCGAAUUGGUCUCGUACUGUGUGGCAUUGGCGGGUUCACCAUCCCUGAGCGGCUUUGCCAGUCGAGUAGCGUCCGAUUAUCUCACCAUGGAGUCUGUUUUGUAUUUGUGCGCUCAGUCGGGAGGAGCGGUAUCUCUUCUUUUGUAGUCCUCCUUGUUUGCAGCUCCAAUCCGGCUUGGUGGAUGUGUUCUGCCAGCAGUUUAUCUUUGAUCAGGUACGCUGGCCAAGCCCAUCUUCCGUGUCCAAUAGUCGGGGCUUCUGCCGUCGACUUCUUUAUCCAGAUCAGGUUGUGGUCUGUCUCGAUCCCCGUCCGUUUGAUUCCCCACUCAAAUGUGUUGUUGAAGCUGUUGGCUUUCACGUAGAUUCGAUCGAUCCGGGAUAGCGAUCCUCCGAGGUUGGCAGGUUGGGUGAAAGUGUAUUCUCUCGUGUCUGGGUAUGUCUCUCGCCAGCCAUCUAUCAGCUGUAGCCUGCUUUUCAGGUCGUCCAGCGCAUCCACUGCAUUGCUGUUGUCUUCAUGCGCUGGGAGCCGGUCUAUCGCGGCCUCGACCACGUUCAUGUCUCCUGCCAUGAUGUCUGAAUUCGGCGUUCUCUCUGGGGUCGUUUGGUGCAUAUAUACCAAGUAUUGAGAGCGGUGUCCCAUCCGCGUUCUUCAUCAGCAAUACCAUUGCUCUGCCGGGUACUAUUUCGUGUGUCUGUAUCCCUUCCGUCAGUGCUAUGUUUUUGUUUAUUACUAUUGCGACUCCUGCUGAAUUCGCCGAGCGAGGGUUCUCUGAGUAGAAGAUUUUCAUUUUUCUCCCGAAUAGUUUAUCUAUGUCGUCUUUCCGUUCUCUGUUCAUGUGUGCUUCCCCAACUACGAGCGCGGCGACUUUUUCUUCGCGCAUUAUCUGCCAUAAUCCAAACCACUUAUUGGAUGGGUGAUGUACAUUCAGAUUCCCGUGUCCGCGUAUAUUUAACGCUGCUAUCUUGAGCGCAGCUCUCAUGUUCUUUUUGCUGCCAUUGCCUCUCGGCCCUGCUGGUCCAGGAUACACUCGCUGCUGAGUUUGAUUGGCUCUCCGGCCAUCUGCCAUUCUGGCAUUUCCGCGUACUGCGUCCCCGUUGUCUUGGGGUGGGAACUGCUGUCCGUUCCCCUGCGCGCGCUGCGCAGUAGCACUUCUGUCUGUGCCCCCUGGUCUGCCCGCUGCAUCCAGAGUUGCGCCCCGAAGCCCGUCAUCGGCUCGCCGAGACGCCGCCCUCUCCUCUCGGGGAAGUGGGUCGUCGUCCCGGUCUGCCUCCGGGCGACGGUUUGCCUGUUCCCCUCCUCCAUGGUUGCCUUCUUCAGAUCGACCCUGGCCGGUGGCGGAGCCAUGGCGUCCUCCAGCUCCCAAUGCCUGUGUCUGUGUGUCGUCGAAGUCUUGCCGUUGCUCAUCUCGCCGAGCUUGCGAUGGUUGUUGUAGAUUUUCAGUAGCCAGCCAAAGAGACACAGCGCGUUUCCCGCUAAGAUCGGCGCUGUGAAGUCUCACCUUUGGGGUUGUCGGGGGAGCGCCAACCGUGUCUCGGGCACGCGUCGCAUUCAUCUCCCCCGACAUGCCAGGACUGCUGGCCAGCGCACCCCGACCUAAAUAGGUCGCGCUGUUGCGGCGCUAUCAGACGAGGGAUCGACCUCAUCCGACAACGCGUUCCCUCCCCCGUUUCCCGUCCUGCUCCCAAAUAGAACAGUCGGUAGAUGUGGCGGGUUCGGGUUGCGCGGUCCUCGUCGCGUCUUCUUCUGGGCCCAGACCCAGGUGGUCGGACGCUCGACAGUAGAGAUCGAAGAUUGUCGGAUGUGAGGUUGCGGUCCGUGUGAGCCUCGAGAUGUCGUGGUAGCUCUGCAAGUGUUGCCGUCAAGAGGUGUCAUCGAAAGUUGUUGUCGAGAGUCGUCUUAGAGAGUAUUUCGGGUGAGCGCGUUGAGCGGAGAGGUAUAAGCGGGGUCGGCGGGUGUGGAGUGGUGUGGAGUGGCGCGUCGCCAGUGGUGUCGCCGGGUAGCAGAGUAUCAUCCCGCAUGGUGCUCAUCCCUCCGUAAUGGCGUCUUUGGUCGCAGUCCCCCACUGGCUUGCCGUUCCCGUGUUGUGUCGUAAGCGCGUGACGUGGCUCCCUAGUGUUGACAGUGCGGCGUUCGUGUCAGCGUCGAUGAGGGCUUGGUCGGGGGGGAGGGAUGAGGGAUUGAGGGGGAGAGUGGUGUGCGAGCCAUUCAGGCUGUAGGGUGUAGUGAAACGAUUCAUAUUCCUAUUGACCUCUACGAAGUCGCCGUACUGCGUACCGUGCACACUGCACUUCCGGGUAAUCCCAACCCAUCCUCAUUUCGAGGUGCCUUUAAUCUCGGCCGGUACUCGCGCUGAGUCCCCACCGCCCGCUGCGGCGUGGGGAGCCUCGUUUUUCUUUUACCGUCCGUCAUCACCCGAGGGAGAUGAUGGUG